UAACGAUAACUAAAAAAAAAAACAGAAAAAAAUACAUCUGUUGGGAAAAAAAAUUAUAUCUACGGAAAAAUAGCAUUCCCUUGCAUUUUACAAGGUGUCAGCACAUUCCAUUGCCAAUAGGAUCAUUUUUGGCGUGCAAGCUUACAUAAUUUGGGCAGUUAAUCCUUUGAAAGCGCUGCAAUAUGUCGUCCGAAGAGCUGGCGCCAAUUAACGAGAAGGACUUCAAGGAUCUGAAGGAGCGCAUGAAGCUGAUUGUGGACGCAGAUCCAAAGCAGUAUCACAACGAUUUUUCCCUUCGGCGCUAUUUGCGCGCCUUUAAGACCACGGAUGACGCAUUUCAGGCCAUUCUGAAGACAAACAAGUGGCGCGAGACAUAUGGCGUCGAUAAGCUCGGCGAAAUGGACAUGGAACUGCUGGCCAAUAAGGCUCGUGUGCUGCGCCACCGUGACUGCAUUGGUCGUCCCGUGAUUUAUAUUCCGGCCAAGAAUCACAGCUCUUCAGAGCGCGACAUCGAGGAGCUGACUCGAUUCAUUGUCUACAACCUGGAGGAGGCCUGCAAGAAGUGCUUCGAGGAGGUCACCGACCGUCUGUGCAUCGUAUUCGAUCUGGCCGAGUUCAGUACUGCUUGCAUGGACUACCAGCUGGUCAAGAAUCUCAUCUGGCUGUUGGGAAAGCACUUUCCAGAGCGCCUCGGCGUCUGCCUAAUCCUCAAUUCGUCAGGAUUUUUCUCCACCAUUUGGCCGGGCGUGCGGUUGAUGCUUGAUGAUAAUACCUCCAAAAAGGUUAAAUUCGUUAGUGAUGAUGUUGAGCUAUGUCAGUAUCUCAUUCCUGACAUCCUGCCCACGGACAUGUAAGAAACUUCCGCUUCAAAACCAUCAGUUAGUCGUAGACAUAUCUCCGAAAUGAGAACCGAAUCCAGUACCUAAGUAACAAUGGCGCAACCUAUUUGCAAGGAGGCUUCUGAGAGCUAGAGCUUUGUAUCCAGUACUCUUUCUGUAAAUCGAUGUGUUAAAACAGUUGAUUGUAAAAUGUAUUUAUUGGACACAACUAACUAUUUUAGAUACAUGUUUUUCGUGGAUAUGCCGUGCAGAAUCUAUAUACCUGAAUUCGUACCUAUAUAUACUGUAUACCGUAUGUACAUAAAUAAUAUGCAUGUCUAUGUGUACAGCAAAUAAAGUUGUAAA